CACCACUUUUCCUGCUAUCCACCCAGCCUUGUUGUUAAAACGUCCUCCAAACCCUCCCUACUCGAGACCAUAUCCAGAACCACCACUCAUACUCUCGAAUUUCAACAUGUUGGUCAAGACCGGACUGCAGCGUGUCGCUCUUCGCCCUCUCGCCAGGGCCAACGCGACCAGGCUCUACGCUACUCCAUCGGCCCAGGGCCAGCUCGCCGUCACCUUCAGUCGCGAGAAGGUUGUCCCUGUUGCCGCCGAGUAUGACCGCACCAUGGAAUACCCUUGGCCUCUUAUCAAGGAAGCCCACUCCCUCGGUCUCCUCAACACCCACGUGCCCGAGAAGUACGGUGGCCCUGAGCUGGGUCUCCUGGAGUGCUCUAUCAUCUCCGAAUCAGUCGCGUUUGGCUGCUCCGGCAUCGGAACUGCCAUGGAAGCCAACGGUCUGGCCGAGGCGCCUCUUAUUGUCGCAGCCUCCCAUGAGAUCAAGAGCAAGUUCCUUGGCCGUAUGACUGAGGAGCCCCUUGUUGCCUCCUAUGCUGUCACCGAGCCCGGCGCCGGUUCUGAUGUUGCUGGCAUUAAGACGAAGGCUACUAAGGUUGGUGACAAGUGGGUCAUCAACGGCACGAAGAUGUGCACCAACUCUGGCCAUGCCAACUGGUUCUUUGUCCUCGCUGUCACGGACCCUACUGCCCAUCCUUCAAAGAGCAUGACCGGCUUUGUUGUGGAGGGUGACACCGAGGGCAUUGUGCGCGGCAAGAAGGAGAUCAACAUGGGUCAGCGCUGCUCUGACACGCGAAUGGUCACCUUCAACGAUGUCGUUGUCGGCGAGGAGAACAUUGUCGGCAAGCCUGGAGAGGGAUUCAAGAUUGCCAUGAAGGCCUUUGACAUCACUCGCCCCCUCGUCGCCGCCGGUGCUGUUGGUGUGGCUCAGAGGGCCCUGGAGGAGGCAACCAAGUACGCCCAGGAGCGCAAGACCAUGGGCCAGCCCAUCAUCAACCACCAGGGUGUUGGCUUCAUGCUUGCUGACAUGGCCAUCAACGCCGAGGCUGCCCGCAACCUGGUUUGGCGCUCCGCCUGGGCCAAGGAUGCCGGAGAGCGCAACACGUUCCAUGCGUCGAUUGCCAAGACUUUCGCCAGUCGCGCUGCCGUUGAGAAUGCCAACCUCGGAGUCCAGGUGCUGGGUGGCAUCGGUUUCAACACUGAGAUGCCAUUGGAGAAGCUGUACCGUGAUGCCAAGAUCUUUGAGCUUUACGAGGGUACCUCGCAAAUCCAGCGUCUCAUUAUCUCGCGCACCCUUCCCACCAUCUACCCCGCUUAAAUGGGAUAGGAUAGCCGCAGACAGUAGGAAAGCAACAGCUAUGGGCGAAAGCUAUGGGCAAAGCACCCAGCCUUGUGUUGCACCGAAUGAUGACGAGAUGUACCUGCUGCAACGAGUA